GCCGUAGGGAGGGUUGUGUGCUGGGGGGCGGGAUGCGUUGAGCGCAAACGAGUUGCAGGGGAGAGGGUGGAGAUCAUCAGCCCUGUGCGCGAACGAGACAUCGGCAUCGGGGAAGAUGAGUUCGGCAGCGAAUGCAGCGAAGCGGGCGCUGCAGCAAGAGCGCACUCGAUUGCUGUACAGACGCUCUCUGAAGCAGAUUCUGAGUUGGGCCGUCCACCGGGAAAUUUUCUACGUCGAGGCUAGCAAGACGAGGGCAGCGUUUGAAGCCAACAGAAAUGUGGAGGAUAUAUCGAGGAUCGACCGUUUGAUUGGUGAAGGAGAGGCUAAACUCGAGAAGAUGCGGCAUCCAGAUCCUUACACUGUCCCCUGGGCCCCAGGAGGUUCCAAGUAUGCCCGCAGUCCACCUGUUCCCGAAGAGAUUGGUCUUGUAUACGAUUUCGGCAGACAGGAAGAGUGGGACAAGUAGAGAAAUAGCUAUGAGGCUCUAAUUGCGGCGAUAAUGCAACCGACUCAUAUGAUCUUAACUUACUUUGGAUUGAGGUCCACGCAUUGCUAUACUUGAGAGCACGAUCCAAGUUUGUGUAAACAGAGCUCCAAUAAACCUCACUCUGCACCAGCUAACUGGUCGGGGUUAUGAGAUUUGGCAUCUUGCAAUCAAUAUGCCAUAACGUACAUGAGGGAUUUCGCUCAAGCAGGAAUGAAAGUUUUGUGACAAUAUGCUUUGCAGUUUACCAUGACCCGUAGAUAGUACGAGGUCGACUGUGUGAUAUUAUGAAAUUUAUUGCAUGUGACGUAGCUGCUGGACUGCACUUUGGCUAGCCAUAUGGCCUUUGGGUGUUAUGAAACCUGUGCUUGUGCAUCACAUAAAGAAUAAAUGCAUUUUAAUUUUU